AGAGUAUUUGAUAACUUUGAGUUUUACCCGGAGUUUUUGUUUACAGAUAAAAUUAAAAACGAUUUUGAUAUGGCUGAUUGGGCUAAAAAAGCGGAAGACCAGGAAGUAUCCAAGCUGUUAUUUCAGGUCGAUCAACUUAACAUAGAAUCUGAUAUUGCCUUUGCCCUGGAAAAUAAAUGUUCAAAUUAUGAAUUAGCGGUUGCUAAAAUUGUUAACGAAAAUGAGCCUGAUGUCCCAGAUCCAGCAGAAACAAGUCUUCUUAUUAAAAUACUAGGAAAAGGACUGGUGAACACAAAGUUAUCGCUCGACAUUCAGCAAAAGAAUCCGAAUUCUCCCCUACAUUCUGUUAAAACAUUUGAAGCACUGCACCUAAAGGCGGAACUGCUAAAGGGAAUUUACGCAAUGGGAUUUAACACCCCAUCAAAAAUUCAGGAGACCGCUUUGCCAACUCUACUUGCGGAUCCCCCUCAAAAUAUGAUUGCACAAAGUCAAUCUGGAACGGGCAAAACAGCCGCAUUUGUCUUGGCAAUGCUCAGCCGAGUGAACGUCAACUUGAGUCAUCCUCAGGUCCUUUGCUUAUCGCCUACGUAUGAGUUGGCAAUUCAAACUGGUGAAGUGGCUGCACGAAUGGGGCAGUUCUGCCCGGACAUAAAACUAAGAUUUGCCGUCCGGGGUGAAGAAGUUGAUCGAGCCAAAAAAAUUGAGGAGCAUAUUCUGAUAGGAACACCGGGAAAAUUGUUAGAUUGGGGGUUAAAAUUCCGCCUUUAUGACCUAAAAAGAAUUACUGUUUUUGUGUUAGAUGAAGCUGAUGUAAUGAUAGCCACCCAAGGACAUCAUGAUCAAUGUAUUCGAAUUCACAAAAUGCUGAAUCCUAAGUGCCAAAUGUUGUUUUUCUCAGCAACAUACGAUAAAGAAGUUAUGGACUUUGCUCGCCUAAUUGUAGCAGAUCCCACUAUAAUAAGAUUGUUGCGAGAAGAGGAGUCGCUUGAUAAUAUCAAGCAGUUUUAUGUAAAAUGUAAAAACGAGGAAGGGAAAUAUAACGCUAUUCAAAAUAUCUACGGUUGCAUAAGCAUUGGCCAAGCUAUUAUAUUUUGUCAUACGCGCAGAACUGCUGCUUGGCUUGCAGCAAAAAUGACCUCGGAUGGACAUUCUGUUGCUGUGCUUUCUGGAGAUUUGACAGUUGAGCAAAGACUUGCUGUUUUGGAUCGUUUCCGUUCUGGUCUUGAAAAAGUACUUAUAACCACAAAUGUUUUAUCAAGAGGCAUUGACAUUGAGCAAGUUACAAUUGUCGUCAACUUUGAUUUGCCGGUAGAUGUGCGAGGCAACGCUGACUGCGAAACAUAUUUACAUCGAAUAGGCCGCACCGGACGAUUUGGAAAGUCUGGGAUUGCUAUAAAUCUUAUAACGGAUGAGAAAUCUAUGACGGUGUGCUCUGAUAUCGAGAAACAUUUUAAAAAAGAAAUUGAAGUGCUGAAUACUGAUAGCGCCGAUGACAUUGAAAAGAUUGGCACAUAGUUAUAUUUCUCUGUAUCCACAAAAUGUAGUUUAUAAUAAAAUGACAUUUAAACUUUA